AUGGAGUGCAUGAAGCCAUAUCACAAGAAGCACAAGGACAAGGAGAAGGGAUCAAAGAGGUCAAGUCCCUCUCCUGAAGUGGAGGAGGAAUAUGAGGUCAAAGCAAUCAUUGACCACCACAACCAGAAGAAUGGCCACAAGUACAAGGUGCACUGGGUUGGCUACACCACACAAGACAACCCAUGGGCCAAUCAACUUGUCCAGGACUACCUCAACAGCCACAGGCUGUGA